AUGGUUAACAUAUUAUUAUAUUUUAUUAUAUUUAUAUUAAUUAUAAACAAAUAAAUUAUAUUAUCAUAUUUAUUUCAUUUUUUAUAUUCAUUUAGAAAUUAAUAAUUACAAUUUAAUAAUCCUAAUCUUAAAACUAGUAGAAGAUAAAAGGGAAAUUAACCUUCUAUUGAUUAGAGUAAUAAAGUUAUCUUUAUAAUACGUAUUAAUCCAUUUUUAAACAUAAAAAUAUCAUAAUCACUAUAAUCUUUAAUUAUUAUUUUUUUUGAUCAAAAUUCCUAUCCAAUAUAUAAGUAAUGCAUUGAUGGAAGGCAUUUUUUGGUUUACCCUAUUUAUUUUAUUAAAAAAGUAAAUCGAUAAGAAAGCAGUGUAAAUUAAGAAUUAAAACUUGAAGAGCCUGAACAUAAGAUAGAAACUAAAAUAGAGAAUAAAGAGCAUAAAAAUGAUGAUACAAUGGAUUUUAAUACUUAUAUGUUUCCAGGACAAUCAAAAAAUUAUUACAAGAACAUAGGAAAUUAGUUUGCUUCAUUCAUAAUACAUCAUUUCGAUAAAACAGAAAUUAUAAAGGACCCAAAGAUAUCAAAAUUCUUAAAAAUACAAAAGCAAAAAUAUACAAAGAUGCAUUUUUAAUAAUUAAUGAGAUCAAAAAGAGCAAGAUAAAUAAUCAAAAUUUACUUUGGGAAUUACCUAUGGUGUUCUAGUAUUCUUAAAAGAAUGAAAUCUGAUGUAGAAUUUUACCUAAGUUUGAAUUAACAGAUAUUUAGGAGAAAACCAAAAUAAAAGAUAAAAACAGAGUUUAAUAAAUUUCCAGGAGAGAAUUGA